GCUCAGAUCACCGAAAACAGAAGAGACACAAAGAGCGUUAAUCCUCUGGAGAGACCGACCACCUCGAGCUCUGAAUCAGGAUGUUACUUCUCAUCUUGACGUCUCUGUUCUUGUCUGUGAGCAUCAGCACUACAGGCACAGUCAACCGCACCACCACGCAGACUGAAGGAGACCAGAAUACCACUGUGACCAUUCUGGCCAUCAACAGCAGCAGCAACGUUUCCACGAAGCGGACCACCACAGUCAGCAGCCCAACCACGCCGACUGUAGAAAACUGCUUUGAGAAAGCAAAUCUCACCCACUUACAGUAUCUACUCAAAGGAUUGUGGUGCACUGUUCAGCAGCCACAAGUCAUCAUUGCAUUUGUGACUGGAUUUUUGACUGGCGUUCUUCUUUCAGCAAUCAUCUGGUGUUUGACUAGAACAUGCCACAGAAAAAAGAGGAGAUCUGAAAAUUUGGUUGAGAACGUGGAGAUGGUGACCACUGAAACAGGUGCACUGAUCGAUGUUGGCCAAGCAGUGGAAUUCGACGACGGUACUCGUGACCAGUCUGCUGAGGCUGCUGGGACAUCAGCGGCUGAUGGAGACCAGGAAUUCAAAGAGGUGGAGUACUCCGACAUCAUGUUCUGCGCGUCACAGUGCAGUCUCACAGAGGCCAGGGACGCUCAAGACCCCACAGAGACAGAGUACGCUGAAAUUAAGAAAGGCGCACUGGAGGAGAUACAAGAUGAUGGAGGUGAAGGAGGUGAAUUGUUGGAGGACAACAAAGAGUGGGAGGAGGAGAUGGUAGAGGUCGAGUUGGAGACGGGAAUGAGUGUGUCAGCAGGGGAGGAAGGUGAGGAGGGGGAGGUGGUUUCUAAAGUCACUUAAAGUAGAGAACGAGAGGAAUCCGGGUGCAGUACAGAAGUACAUGUUCAGAUAUAAUGUGUUGUGUUACGAUAAGGGCUGAUUGUGCGUGCUUGUGUGUUUAUGAGUUUGAUGACACAUCUUUUUGGAAAAAUAACACAAGUAAAAUGGCAAAGACCGAUUUAUCGAAAGGCCAAUAGAAAACAGCCAAAAUAGGAUUUUCACAGUCAUUUUGUUUAUUUACAGCUAUUUAUACCAAAGUUCAGGGUUAAACUGUAAAAUAUCAAACCUCAAUGACAUUUCUCUUUCAUAAGGGUUUGAUAAGGAACAUUUUAGGUUUUUAAGGCAUACAUUUGAUUGUUAUUACUUCUAUGUAUACUGAAAUUGAAUGUGUAGUUACCAUGAAGACACUGAUGUAGCUUAUUCACCUGGAUUUUUUUUUGUUCAUAUGUUUUUGUUGUAAAGCCGUGUUCAUGGGAAAGUUGACUGUGUCUGAAACAUACUGUAAAUAUCUGCUGAUGCCCAGUGCGCUUCAUGCUUCAUGUCAGUAUGUGAAUUCAAUGCAAACUGAAAUUCAUUGAAUAACUAGAGUUUUCACCGUUUGAGCCUUUUCCCUUCUCUAUGCUCCUUAGAAGUAGAUGAAUUUGUU